GAGGGAGACCGGCUCCGGAGCCACGACGAGGCGGCAGCAGAAGCACCAGCAGCGGCACUGGUGGUGGUGGUGGUGUCAGUCUUUGUGGAGAAACUGGUGGAUCUUCUUUAUUCUCCGGAUAUUUGGACGGAUCGGAUAACUUCACCCGGGACACACAAGCCUUCUUCUUCUUCUUCUUCUUCUUCCAUGCCCAGCGCCGCUCCGCUUCGCCCGGCGUGUUGACGCCAGCCAGCGGGCAGAGGAGGGAGGGAAGCCGGGGAGGCUGCACCGGGAGGAGCGACAUGCGGAUCCACGCGUUUCCGUCCGCACGCUGCACCGCAUAGACACAACACAACACAACACAACACGGUGGUGGUGGUGGUUUGUGUAGAUGGGAUUCCAGGGGCUUAUGAUGCAGCAGCAGCGUGGGGGGGCGGCAGCAGCAGUUUCUUACAACCGGGGACCGGGAGCGAGAUGCUGCAGAUGGGCAGCGUGUUACUGACGUGGAGAUAAUAAUAAUGCAUCGAGACACAACUUUGUUCCCCGGGCCUGACACACUGCGAGACGCGUGAUUUGUGUCCUCCUCGUGAAAAAGUGCAUGUGUGUGUGUGUGUCCUCGGACGCGCGCACGCUCCGGUGAUCCCGUUAUUUCUUGGAAUAAACAGCUCAGCGCUCCGGAGCCAUUUCUCCUCCACACCCCGGAGUGCAGUCUGUGGGUGUCAGUGGUGGUGUUGUGUAGGUGACCCACCCCCCCCACUGAGGUGUAGGUGUGUGUGGUGCAUGUAGGCAGGGCCCGAACCUAGUGCAGAUCCAGUGGAGAGCGAGGUGAGCUGUUUACUCUGCGAGGAUGACACCAAGCCUUUGAGCCUUUGAGCCUCUGAACCUGUGCAAGUGUCACACGGGGGGGUGUGUGUUAAUCCCGAGCACAGCCACAUUGUGUGUUUUAUGUGUGGAGGCAGCGGAUCGGACUGUGUCACAGCCCUGAGCUGAGGAACCUGAGCUGAGGAACCCUAACCUAGUGCAUAGUCUCCAAGAAAAAGUUUCCGAUGGUUUUCCGGAAGUUGCCCGGCGUGUCGGCCUCGGGCAUGGGUCUGCGCCUGUCCCAGAAGUUCGUGUUCCUGCUCUUCCUCUCGGGUCUGGUCACCCUCUGCUUCGGGGCACUCUUCUUCUUGCCAGACUCGGUCCGGCUAAAACGCAUCUUCCUGUCCAAGACCGAGACCCAGCCGGUCACCGUGGGCUCCGGGUCCGGGACCGGGACCGAGAACGAUGCCCGGGAGCCCCUGAAGAGAGCCGGCAAGGAGCCGGACCCCCCGCGGGGUGUGACCUCCGCCAGGGGGGAGACCAGCACCAAGCUGAAGAGCCUCAUCCGCAAGCCGCUUGUCCCUCAUGAGGCCACGGGGGACCGGCCGGCCGGGGACAGAGCCCAGGAGGACAUGACUCUGUCCCGGUCCAGGACGGAGUCAGCCUCGGAGAGAGUGACCUCCUCCGGCUCGGAUACCUUCAGUUACCAGAAGUUCACCAGGUGUCUGCUCAAGCCCCCCCUGGGGAGGGAUGGGGGCAAGCCGAGCGACCCCAAGAGCGAGGAGCGCCGGCUGAAAGUCAAAGAGAUGAUGAAGUUUGCCUGGGACAACUACAAGCUCUACGCCUGGGGCAAGAACGAGCUGCGGCCUCUGACGAAAAACGGCCAUAUUGGCAACAUGUUUGGUGGCCUGAGAGGAGCAUCCAUCAUUGACUCCCUGGACACACUGUAUAUAAUGGGGUUGAUGGAGGAUUAUAACGAUGCCAAGGAGUGGGUGCAGAACAGCCUGGACCUGAACUCGAACGGCGAGGCAUCACUCUUCGAGGUGAACAUCCGUUACGUCGGUGGGCUGCUGUCGGCGUACUACCUGACAGGAGAGGAGCUGUACAGGAGUAAAGCGAUGGAGCUGGGAGAGAAGCUGCUGCCGGCCUUCAACACGCCGACAGGAAUCCCCAGAGGGGUCAUCAACCUGGGGAGUAGUGGAACCAGUUGGAGUUGGGGCUGGGCCUCAGCUGGGAGCAGCAUCCUGGCUGAGUUCGGGACACUUCACCUGGAAUUCGUGCAUCUGUCUGAGGUCUCCAACAAUCCCAUCUACACAGAGAAGGUGAUGAACAUCAGGAAACUUCUGAACAAGAUUGAAAAACCUCACGGCCUCUAUCCCAACUUCCUCAGUCCAGUCAGCGGCAACUGGGUCCAACAUCAUGUCUCCAUCGGCGGCCUCGGGGACAGUUUCUACGAGUACCUGAUCAAAUCCUAUCUGAUGUCAGAUAAGACCGAUGAUGGGGCAAAGACGAUGUACUAUGGAGCACUGGAGGCGAUUGAAGCUAACCUGGUGCAGAAGUCAACCGGGGGCCUCACCUACAUGGCCGAGUGGAGGGGUGGGAUCCUGGAUCACAAGAUGGGCCACCUGGCCUGCUUCUCCGGGGGAAUGAUCGGCAUCGGGGCGGAUGAUGGAGCUCCGGACAAGAGGCAACACUACCUGGACCUGGCUGCAGAGAUCACACACACGUGCCAUGAGAGCUACACACGCUCAGCCACCAAACUGGGACCUGAGGCGUUCAGAUUCGACGCCGGAGCUGAAGCCACGGCAACGAGGCUGAGUGACAGAUAUUACAUCCUACGACCUGAAGUCAUCGAGAGCUACAUGUACAUGUGGAGACUCACUCAUGACCCCAAGUACAGAGACUGGGGAUGGGAGGCUGUGGAGGCCCUGGAGGAGCACUGCAGAGUGGAGUCUGGCUUCUCCGGCAUCCGAGACGUUUACACCGUGACAGUCAGCCACGACAACAUGCAGCAGAGCUUCUUCCUCUCAGAGACACUCAAGUAUCUCUACCUCCUCUUCUCCGACGACGACCUCCUCCCGCUGGAGGACUGGGUCUUCAACACAGAAGCCCACCCGCUGCCCAUCAUCCAUAAGAGCUGCCUGCAGGAGGAGGCCACACAGGAGAAGACGGUUUCCAACUGAGACUGAACACAAGCGGUUACUGAUACAGAUGUGCACACA